AUGGCGAAUGAGAAUUCGAUCUGGAAUGAUGGUCUUCUUGCCGGCGCUUCUGAAGCUGGCAUUGUCACGUAUGAAGAUUAUGGAACGCCAGAUAUACAUGAGAAGGAAGUUCAAACUCUUGUUGAAAGCAACUACAGUGUGAAAGUAGAGCGUCUGGAAGAGCUUGUCAGCUGUGUCGAUCAGAAUUUUUACGUAGUUGCAAAAUGUACAACCGGGAAAAACGCCGAAUUUGUUUUGAAGAUAUUGUGUUUGAAAAAAUCGAAGCAACCACGCGUGGUCGAGGGUAUGAUCAAGUGCAUGUUAUAUCUCAAUGACAAGUCUAUUCACGCCCCCGUGCCAGUGAUGCGAGAUUCGGGAGAUUACGUGACACUGUAUAAGGCUGAAUAUGGAUAUCAUGCUGUGUAUAUGCUGAAAUAUAUAAGUGGAAUGUCAUACAGUGAAAUUCUACAACCAUCUGCCACAAUGAGUUACAAUGCAGGUAGUCUACUUGGCCGUAUAGAUAAUGCACUCAGGAACUUCCACCAUAAUGGUUUUGAACAUGAAAAUGCUGUGUUUAAUACAGAUGACGUCAAGUUUCUGCAAAAGUGUUUACAUGUAAUCGAUAAUGAUAAAAGAAGACAGCUGAUAGAGGAAGUCAUAUCUGUGUUCAAAGAACAAGUCAUUCCAAACAUAGGGGAACUCCGUAAAGGGAUAAUACAUGGAGAUUAUAACCCAAAUAAUGUAAUUGUUUCCAAGAAUCGGUUACAAUCAAGAACGGAAAGUGACAAAAAUGUUGAACAUGUACAACAAGACGAAUGUGAUAUUGACAUAGCAUAUGAUAUUAACGGCAUUGUGGACUUUGGAGAUACACAAUAUUCUUACUAUGUGAACGAAAUUGCUAUAGCAAUUGCUCAUUUCAUGAUGUACUGCAACCAUGGCGACCCCCUCGCAAUAGGGAAAACAGUACUUGCUGGUUAUGAAUCUUACUUUCGUCUAAAUGACUUCGAAAGAAAAGUUCUUCAAGUAUUUGUAGCCACGCGUAUGGCUAAUAUAGCAGUUCUUGGAAGUGAGCAGCUGAAAACACAAACGACUGAUAAUGAUUAUUUUAGAAAAGGAAUUCAAUUAUGUUGGGAAUAUUUAGAAAGAUAUGGUUACCAAUUAUUAAACACAAAUAUCAGUAUGUUUGAGAAGUGUUGA